AUGUCAGCAGGCCGCAAGGUAUUCCACUGCGCUGUGGACGACACUGUUUUGACCACCAACAUCAGCGAGAUUAAGAGAUGGGCUUCGAACGGCGCAAUUACCUUAUUUGUGCCGCUUUACACUCUUGACCGUCUCCAGACCCCAAAGCGCGGCGCCUCCCAAGCAGCCAUAAACUCUCGCGAAGCCGUCCGUUUUCUCGACCGAGUCACUUCUGGAAAGGACAAUAUCCCCUCCGACCGUGUAGUCUUGCAAGGACCAAUGGAGCAGUAUGAGACCUGGACGGAGGCGGAGCAAUUCUUUCUUCCCGAGUUCGAAGACCCAAUAGACGAAUCAUACGAGAUCCCCGACGGUGAAGUCGCCACUCCGAAGAUUGAGGUAGAGACCAAGUUCAAUGGCAUUACCAAGGAAUCGCCAAAGGGUCCCGGAUUGCCCGGUUUGCCGAGUGACUUGUCGCAGAUGUUACUGAGUAAACUCAAUUUCAAGGAGCCGCAGCCUGUCGCAAAUAUCCACAACGAUAUGAAGUCUUCUGUAUCACUUCCCUCGACCGGUACCCAGAGUGAUCAGGGUUCUCGUGCGUCAUCUCGCAGUUCGCGCACCAGUCCAGAAUAUGCGGAUCGUAACGGUUCAAAGCCGGCGAAUGGUCACCACCGUUCAGUGUCAUCGUCGUCAACGAUCCAGCCAACCCCUACAUCUCUUCGCCCAUUGCUUAGCUCUCUCCUAUGGCGUCUGCAUUGCGACAAGGAAGCCUCUGCUGCUGCACUAGGUCUCACUCUUGUUACCAACGACCGCGACACCCAGAUCUGGGCCCAGAAGUUCGGAAUCAUGACCAAGAACAUCCACCAGCUGCGCACUUCCAUUCAAUACGAAGAGAAAGAAUUCAAGAACCGUGUCAAGUACGCCGAGAAAGCACAACAUGUUACCCCAGACCCGAAACCCCUCUUCACCUACGAAAACGAUAGUGAAGAGGAUGAAUUGGUAUUUGUGCCUCGAGGCCGGGGCAAAGGUGCUUCUCGCAGCGCUGGAGGUCGCGGAGGAAGCGGUCGCAAAGCCAGAGCAGCGGCUGCAGCAGCUGCCACCGCAGCCCAACCUGAGGCUCCCGUUGAAGUUCCAUCUCAGCCUAUUGAUCCAGACUCUUUCAGUCGUUCCCUCGGCCCUAAUUCCGCAAAGCGGUCUGGCGUCGACCUGAGCACACAGUCCGGCGCUGCUCGUGGCCUAGCUGCCUCCGGCCGACGCCAUGGAGGUGGCCGACGUGCCGGCGGUUCUCGCCCGCAUUCGUCUCGUGGUGGACGUGGUCAGGGGAAACUAUGGGUUCCUUAA